AUGAAGAAGAGAAUGUCGCCGGAUGAAAAACUCAUACUUCCUCUGAAGUUAGUCCUCGCGUUCGGGUGGGCAUUUACGACGUUUGUUUGGCUAUGGUCAUGGCUUGGUAUGGCUUUUGUUUUCGGAACCAUCGGAUGGGAGUACGAUUUUGCACAGUGGAGCUCCAUCUACCUGAAGAUUAUUGAAAUCGCAUGGUGCUGGCCAGCUAUAGCUGUAUGUUAUUUUUUACAUCUCGGUAUCAUUGUAAUAGUUAUGGGCAGCAGGCAGCUCAAUGGGUCGAAGUCGCGCAGAGAAGAAAAACUUAUCUUUUUUCAAGCGACUGUUCUGAAUGGAUGGAUGCUUGGGCUGAUGGUGGCUUGGCACGGCUCAGGUGAUUUUUAA